AUGGUCGCCGUUAUGCUUCCAACUUCCAGAAAGACAAUUGAGCAGAAGACUCCAACAGCUGUAGACAGAAACUGGCCAUGCUUUGUAGUUGCUUUCACGAUGGCUUCGAUCAAACUCCUUUUGGCAUACACCGGAACUGAGGAUUAUAAAAUUUCUGGAUUCAAUGACGUGAACGUCUUCUUCCUGAUGGAACUUGGUUCAACCCCUCUUGCCAUCAUCAGUCCACGUGUCUGGUUCGCCAUGUUCAUGUGUUCUCUUGCCUACAUGUCUGUGGAGACUGGUUACCCGACAAUUGCCAUCAUCACGAUUCUCUCCAUGCUCAUCAUUGCCUACGCAAUGGAAUUCUCCGACUACAGAAGAAAGAAGGAAUCGGAGAAAACCGCUGUCUACCAAAUUCUUCCGCUUGUUGAUGAGAAGAAACUCAAAGAGCAAGAAAUGAUUUAA